AAAAAAAAAAAAGAAGCCCAGACCCAAAGUGCAGCAGCUGCCACAAGCUGGGAGUGAUUGGAGAUUGCUGGGAGUGAGAUUUCCAGAGUGGAUCCUCCGCAGCUGUGAAGAUGCCAGAAUUUCUUGACACAGGCAUGGUCUCCGUGGACAAGCAGAAAGUUCUGCAAAUCACUGACCGUCUGCAGAAGAAACUGAAAGACAAGGGCGAGCUCUCGCACCAUGAGAAGUUGUGUAUCCUGCGCGAUACGCUGGCGAGCCCGCUGUUUAACCAGAUCCUGACCGUGCAGCAGUCAAUCAAACAACUGAAGGAACAGCUGAAUCGCAUGCCAGCCGACCGUUCUGCAGAAUUUGAUUUCACAAAGAAAGGCUUAUUGGUAUUUGAAGCCGACUCCUCGGCCCACUUGGGGAACAAGAGCAACUCUUUGUCCUUUGACAACUUCGUCUCGUCUAGAUUUCCUCUCCUCAACCCCAACUCGGGCGCAGAUGAGUUCACCAGAAAAAUUCAGCAACUGGCCGAGGGCAGGCAAAUUGAAUAUAUAGAUAUCGAAAAACCUCCUGUUGGAGGCCUCGGAUUCAGCGUCGUCGCGCUCAAGAAUCCUAGCGUGGGAGAUGGCGGGGUGUUUAUCAAGGGGGUUCAGGCUGGGAGCCUUGCAGACAGGGAUGGAAGGCUUAAGGAGAAUGAUCAGAUACUGGCUAUUAACUACACCCCCCUGGACACGACCGUCUCGCACCAGGAAGCCAUAGGUCUACUGCAGAAGUCUUCUGGCCACAUUCAUUUAAUUGUUGCUAAACAGCCGCCUCCGCUUCUUCCCCAAACCCAAGUUCCCAUGCAGGAAGAACAAGUCUGGGGCCACGUGGAAGAGAUUGAGCUCACUAAUGACGGAUCGGGAUUAGGAUUCGGGAUCGUCGGUGGGCGAGCCAAUGGUGUAAUUGUCAGAACGAUCUUACCCGGGGGACUUGCUGAUCGGGACGGAAGGUUAAAGACCGGAGAUCACAUCUUACAGAUUGGAGGCACCAAUGUCCAGGGCAUGGCCAGUGACCAGGUCGCUCAGGUGUUGAAGAACUGUGGAAAUUCUGUCUGCAUGGUGGUUGCCAGGGAUCCCGUGGGCAAGGCUCCUCCAGUGAAGCCUCCGGCUCCAGCAACAUUGCCAGUUGGAUCUCUGCCUCCUCUGGACAUUAAGAGCGGCAUUCCUGAAGAAGCUGAGAACAAUGUGUAUGAUAUUACCCUCGCCAAAAAAGAAGGCCAGAGCCUGGGGAUAACAGUGGUGGGCUACACAGGAGGCAGCAGCGGAGGCUCUUCUGGUAUUUAUGUGAAGGGCAUCAUCCCCGGCAGCGCUGCCGACCAGAGCGGGUGCAUUCAAGUUCAUGACCGGAUCGUGGCGGUUGACGGAGAGAACAUCCAGGGUCUGACCAAUCAGGAGGUUGUGACGGCGCUGCGCAACACUGGCCAAACCAUCCAUCUUACCCUGUCCAGGGGCAACGGGCCACUCAGCCCAGUGUCUCCGGGCGUCUCUCCGCGCAGAGAUGUGCCAGCCGCCUCUCCGCCUCCGUUACCUGCCGCUCCGCCAAGGGGUCAGAUAAGCGAGGUCCCCGAAGGUCUCCAGUACAAGGCAGAGAGCCAGGAGCAAGAGGAUAACUACAGAAAUGAACUGAAAACUGCCCCCGCCCUGUCGCCAGAGGCUGAAGCUCUGAAGACGAAGUGGGAGAAGCAUCUUGGACCCGAUUACCAAGUGAUGCUGGUUAAUCUGAACAUGAAAAUUGAGGACGAUGAAGAGCUGCAGAAAUACUCUAAGCUUUUGCCAAUACACACCAUGAGGCUGGGAGUAGAGCUGGACUCCUUUGAUGGUCACCAUUAUAUAUCCACUAUUGCUCCUGAAGGUCCUGUGGCAAAACUUGGAAUUUUGCAACCAGAAGAUGAAUUAUUAGAGGUGAACCAAGUCCAGCUAUAUGGAAAAUCUCGCCGUGAAGCGAUUUCCUUUCUCAAAGAAGCUCCCCCUCCGUUCACACUCGUCUGUUGCCGCCGUUUGGUUGAUGAUGAAAAUGAGAAUUUUGUGGAUGAUCCAAAAGAUCUCAGGAUCCAGAGUGAUCGGCAGGAUGAAGGGGGUGAAGUCUUCAUGGCGGCAGAGUUAGUUGGCACCGAAUAUCAUCAAAAGGAACAAUCAGUUGAGGACCUGACCCAUGUCCAUGACGAGGAUUAUGAUGACGGAGAGUUGACUUUGUGGUCUCCGGAAGUUGACGUUGUCGAAUUGGAAAAGGACAAGCGCGGUCUUGGGUUCAGUAUCCUGGACUACGAGGAUCCCUUAGAUCCAGCAAGGACGGUGAUUGUGGUUCAGUCUCUGCUAGCAGGUGGUGUGGCUGAGGAGAGCGGACUCAUUCUGCCCGGUGACCGCUUGGUCUUUGUAAAUGACAGUUUUAUGGACAAUGCUUCGCUGGAAGAGGCUGUGCAAAUAUUAACAUCUGUGCCACCGGGAAGAGUCCGCAUUGGCAUUUGCAAGCCAUUGGUGAAUGAUGUGAGAGGAGGAGGACACGUGUACAUCCCGCUGGUGGGAGAAUCGGUGGACGCAGUGGAAUCAGCGGUGGACGACCCGUCGCCAACAGCACAGUUCUACCAUGUAACGGAGAAAUACCAAAUGGAGCUUUUCACAGACGACGGCAGAGAGGAGCUGGUGGACGAGCCGUCUCUGACAAUGGGGCACUCCUUUAAUAUCCCACACGAAAAUCCCAACCCUUCACAGGAUUCGUGGGAAAUGCAUGAAAUGAGGAGAUUUAUAGAAGAGAGGGAGAUGCUGGUGGAUGAUGAGGACACCCCUCAUACAGACAAUGAUGGGUAUAGUCCGCCUUAUGAUGGGAUUCCUCCUCCCUCCUUCCAGGACGCGUCCUCUGACCAGGCCUGGCCAGAUGCUGCCGCGUACCGAGACCUGAGCGAGUCCGGAUCGCAAUUGCCGCCCCUCGAUUCCAUGAACACGUAUGAUGCCAAUAGCCGUGGCCCUGAGGAAAUUAACAUUGAUGUAGAUGUGGACCGAAGUGAAAUCUCUUUACUUAAAGAACCCACCGUGAUUUUUGAUCCAGAUGCAAUCUUUAUGGAGAGGAGCCGCAGGACGGAGAGAGACUCCGGGGUUCAGCGUCCUCCGGGUUCAUCGUCCGUUGAGCUACCUGAGCGGGAAGAAGGGGAAGGAGAGGAGACCCCAACUUUUAGCCACUGGGGGGCUCCCCGAAUAGUUGAAAUUUGGAGAGAACCUCAAGUUUCCUUGGGGAUCAGUAUCGUUGGAGGACAAUCAAUCAUUAAACGCCUGAAGAAUGGGGAAGAGCUGAAAGGAAUCUUUAUCAAGCAGGUUCUGGAGGACAGUCCUGCUGGAAGAACCAAGGCUCUGAAGACCGGAGAUAAAAUUCUGGAAGUAGCCGGCGUAGAUCUGAGAAACGCUACACACGAUGAAGCUGUGGAGGCCAUUAAAAAUUCGGGAAACCCCGUCGUCUUUGUCAUUCAAAGUUUAUCAGCUGCUCCACGGCUGCUAUCCGUUGUGAAACCAACAAACAAGGGGAGCCCAGAGUCCAGGCCACAGAGCGUCUCUCCGAUACCUGCCGGCCCGCCACCACCACCAAUGAAGCUGCCCCCUCCAUACAGAGAGUCCCCCACCCCCGUCACAUCUGGAUUAGGUCCUGAUGUUGUGGAAAGCGAUGAGAAGAUCAGGCAGCGAUACGCCGACCUCCCCGGGGAGCUUCACAUCGUUGAGCUCGAGAAGGAUAAGAAUGGGCUGGGGCUCAGCUUGGCCGGUAACAAGGACCGCUCCCGGAUGAGCAUCUUCAUUGUGGCCAUUAAUCCGGAUGGACCCGCCGGAGGAGAUGGAAGGAUCCGGGUGGGGGAUGAGCUGCUGGAGCUGAAUAACCAGAUUCUGUUUGGAAAAAGUCACCAAAACGCGUCAGCAAUUAUCAAGUCUGCUCCCUCCAAAGUGAAGCUGGUGCUGAUCAGCAAUGGGUAUUUCGUGUCUCUGUGCGCACAAGGAAUCGUUCAUCUGGAGAUCGGGAGGCUCCGAGUCGCGUCUUGGGUGUCGUCCAGGAAAGCUUAUCAAGGCGGUCAGGUCGGUAAGAGCGGCGCUCAGAGUGUGCAGCCUCCCGCCCUCGCCCCCGUCGCAUCCACCGCACAGAAUUACAGCAGCUCCAAAAGAUCCUCCGCUCCGUCCUCUCAGAGAAAUUCCGGUGUAGAAAUGGAGCCCAGGAUGGUUGAAAUAAGCCGGGGCCCCAAUGACGCUUUAGGCAUCAGUAUAGCGGGUGGAAAAGGGAGCCCGCUGGGAGACAUUCCUGUAUUUAUUGCUAUGAUUCAAGCCAGCGGUGUAGCUGCACGAACGAACAAGCUGAAGGUCGGGGAUCGGAUCGUCAGUAUUAAUAAGCAGCCUCUGGACGGGUUGUCCCACGCCGACGUGGUUCACAUUCUGAAGAACGCGUACGGCAGCAUCGCCCUGCAGGUUGUUGCAGAUACCAAUAUUAGUGCAAUAGCCAGUCAGCUGGAGAGCAUGUCACUGUGCCAGAACAUCAGCUCUGAACACCAGCCCGAAGAGGGAGAGUCCCCGGUCCCAAAAAUCAUUCACCUGGAGAAGGGUCCUGAUGGGCUGGGGUUCAGUAUUGUUGGAGGGUACGGGAGCCCGCAUGGAGACCUUCCGAUCUAUGUAAAGACCAUAUUCUCCAAGGGUGCCGCCGCAGUGGACGGGAGACUAAAACGGGGAGACCAGAUACUGGCGGUGAAUAACGAGAGCCUGGAGGGCGUCACCCACGAAGAAGCCGUGGCCAUCCUGAAACGCCAAAGGGGAAACGUCACGCUGACUGUAUUAUCAUAAUCGAGAACAUGCGUCCUGUCAGAGGCCAAAGGCCCAGCAUGCCCUCAUUCAGCAUUGGGUAUAGGUUCAAUAGCUGCCAUGGUAUGCUGGUAUCUGUAGUCCCACCACUGAUAGAGAGCUUUGGGCUAUCUAUGGCUGCCCCUCUCUGCUCAGUAUAUGAAUCGGUCAUAAUAAUGACCCUGGUACCUUAAGCCGAUCAGUCUUCCAGCCGACUAAUGAUGUAGAGUAUGAGGCCAUUGUCCUGUGUCACUGUGACCUCCCCUCCCCCCUGUCUGCACUGUCGGGGUAUAUAUGCUGUGUCCUGUGCCCUAUAGAGAUGGACGCUUGUAUCCGGACUAAAUGGCUGUGAAUGAUGAUAUCGAAACGCGCGAGCGCCGUGUGUGUUCAGAUUGUCGCCCAGUAUUACAAUGUGAUGAUUGUAAGACAUGGCGGCUUCCUUACACACAGAAAAACCUGUUUAAAAUUCUGCAACUUUAUAUAUACAUUUACCAAAAUGUUUGCAAUUCCUUUAAUUUCGGCAGCAUCACAAUGAGACUGUUGAUGUAUAAACCCUAAGGCCCCUUGCAGACGAGCGUGUCUGUAUGUGUUGCGUAUGCGAUCAGGGAAAAUCGUCCGAGUAGGCACGCAAUUGCAGUCAGUAUUGACUGCGAUUGUGUUCCGAUGUUCAGUUUUU